CUGCUUUCGUGACUCACAACAUACAGGCCAAAGCCAGAUACAAGGCGAAGGCGAACAAUCUCAACACCGACCGACGAAUCCGUCAGUUGGUAGUCAGUCAGUAGCGAAAAGCGAGUCCCGCGAGAGAGAACUGAAAUCAGCUCCAGAGUCGUCGCGUCGUCUUUGAUGUCGUUGUCGUCAUACUAUACUAACUGUGUUGUAUCGUCCUCCAGUGCUUCUUCUUCUCCUCAUCCUCCGAUUCAGUGCAGUGUUCCGGGAGUGUGUUGGGCUUGGUUCCCAGGUUUCUUUAGUAUUAUUUUUUAGUUUAGUGUUUCUACUGGAAGUUGAACGUGCUAGAGAAGUGUAGCAAAGAGUGUUUUGGAAAGCGUUGCAAGCGUAGCCAGUGUUCAACAAGUGUUCCACGGAGUGUGCCAACUAGCGGAGAGAACCUCCCGAAGCGCUAGGUCUCCGUUGAAGCCUACUGCUUGGGGCACCUACAACAGUCACCACCACCACUCCAAGAAUCGAAGCGAGUGAAAUUUCCAAGCAGUGCAGUGGCAAGAAGCUCAUUACGGUGGUGUGUGAGGUGUGGUGAGUCAAAGCGUGAGUGAGUGUGUUAGUUGGCGAAGAAGACCAGCAGUAGCAGCCAGCAGCGCACCAUCAUCAAGAGGUGCAAGAAGCCGAACAAGUGGUGAAAGAAGAGUGAAGAGUGAAAAUGGGUUGUGCAGUGAGCAGAGAUAAGGAAGCCAUCGAACGGUCCAAAAACAUUGACCGAGCCCUACGAGCCGAUGGAGAACGGGCAGCCAGCGAGGUGAAGCUGCUCCUACUAGGAGCGGGCGAAUCCGGCAAAUCAACCAUCGUCAAACAGAUGAAGAUCAUCCACGAGACGGGCUACUCACAGGAAGAAUGCGAACAGUACCGGCCGGUAGUCUACAGCAACACCAUCCAGAGCCUGAUGGCGAUCAUCCGAGCGAUGGGACAGCUCAGGAUCGACUUUGCCGAUCCGAGCAAGACAGACAUCGCCCGCCAGUUCUUCACAUACGCGUCCGCCACCGAGGAGGGCGAACUGACCCCGGAGCUGGUGUCGCUCAUGAAGAAACUGUGGACCGACCCCGGCGUGCAGCAGUGCUUCUCCCGGUCGCGCGAAUACCAACUGAACGACUCCGCCGCGUACUACCUGAACUCACUGGACCGGAUCUCCCAGCCGAACUACAUCCCCACCCAGCAGGACGUCCUCCGGACGCGGGUCAAAACGACCGGCAUCGUCGAGACGCACUUUAGCUUUAAGGGAAUACACUUCAAAAUGUUCGACGUGGGUGGCCAGCGGUCAGAGCGAAAGAAAUGGAUACACUGCUUCGAAGGUGUAACGGCAAUCAUUUUCUGCGUGGCGUUGUCCGGGUACGACCUGGUGCUGGCGGAGGACGAAGAAAUGAAUCGGAUGAUCGAAUCGAUGAAGUUGUUCGACUCGAUAUGCAACUCGAAGUGGUUCGUAGACACGUCCAUCAUACUGUUCCUGAACAAGAAGGAUCUGUUCGAGGAGAAGAUCACCCGGUCGCCGCUCGUCAUCUGCUUCCCAGAGUAUACCGGCUCCAACACGUACGAGGAAGCAUCCAGCUACAUCCGGAUGAAGUUCGAGAACCUCAACAAGCGGAAAGACCAGAAGGAAAUCUACACCCACCUGACGUGCGCCACCGACACCAGCAACAUCCAGUUCGUGUUUGACGCCGUCUCGGACGUGAUCAUCAAAAACAACCUCAAGGACUGUGGACUGUUUUAAAAUAGCGGCGUAUGUGGCUGUUUUGUUACGUGUAUGCGGAACCGCAUCCAGACUGUCGUCCUCCGCUCUCUUGUUCGUCUGUCCACCAAAAUAGUGAGCUCAGAUAUGGAGGGCGUUAGUGUCCUGUUGAUAUAUCGAUUGUGACGGAAAGUUUUACCCGAGAGAUGAGUAAAAUCAAAUUGGCCUUGUGGCGAUCGUGAACGGAAACACGCUUAUGUUAAUAAAUAGUUUUACACUUAUGGACCCUAAUUUAACGAAUCACGGAACGAAUUAUUUAAACAAGAAGGAGAAAAUUCUGGGAAUUGAAUGAACAGCUGAACAAGAAGCAGAUAAAUGGGUUGUAAAUGUUCUGGACUAAAAGUAAAAGCAGUAAAUAUAUAUAUUUUUAUAUUUAAAUAGUGAAAUAUAUGGAAUUCGCUGUGCGUUGUUCAAGUAUAUGGGGAACAUCCCCGGUUGUGUCCGCCUUGUUAAAGCAGCAAAAAUAAACACGUGAAUGUAAUUGUUGAAACGCUACAUCAGAACAAAUGAUCCAUUCUUCUCUCCCAAUCGAAGCAAAUCUGCAUUAGGAAUUACUAAGUGAGAAUAAGAAACUAUUUAUACCUUACUGUUAGGUGUUAUCUAAGAAAUCGCGAACUAAGAUCAAGAGACGAAUUUAGAACUGUAUAUUGGAAACAGGGCUCUCGCCAUAACCUAAACACACUCGAUUGUCCCCUCCUUUCGGUUUUAGUAGCAAACAUAUGCUUUCAAAUGGAACAAAUCAUAUCCACUGUGCGUAGCUAUUUAUUGUUUUAUAUAGAACUUAGACUUCCUCCAAACAUUCUUCUCAAUUUAAGUUGAAAAUCUGAACAUUCUACUCUAGAGAGAAAUUUCUCAUUCCAGAAGAAGCAUUUCGGCGGAAACCUUUCUACUACUAUUGUGAGAUCUACAUCUUUUCUACAGUUAGCGAUUGUAGAAGCAAACGAAUGAAUUUUCUUCAAAAAAAAAAAAGAACUACAGGUAACGAAUCCUUUCUCUAAGACUGAAAACUCCACAUCAAUGAAUCAAAUGCGUUCCGUUAUCGAUAAAUUUUCUGCAUACUGCAGAGUGAGUGCAGAUGUCCCCAUUUCGGUGAUAAUUACAGAAACAACGACGACAGUUACAAUAUAGACGAAAUAUUUUGUGAGAACACUUUUCCCCUUAAAAAGUUUAAAACUAAAAAGAUUGUAAAAGUAAUAUACUAAACACUAGAAAGCAGGAUCUAACUAAACGAACAACCUUUAUCCAACAUCAAAUUUGUCCUUUAUAAAUGUACAUCUAGAUACAUGAAACUACUACUGUAAAGAGAACUAAACUAAAAUAUCCGCUGCAAACUAAAAUGAUAAAUUAUUUUGUACUACCUGUUCGUACCUACACCACGUAUACAUUAUAUUUUUUUUUAUAUAAUAUUAAAAUUCCAAUCAUAAAUCCUCUUAUCUUUCUAACGAACCUCUUCUUUAUAUUCCUAAAAAUAUUAAGCACAAAAAAAACGAAACAGCAUCCACCUGAAAAAUAAAAGUUGACUAAUUCCAGGGUUAAUAUAAUAAAAAUGUGCACAAAUGUUGAACGCAAAAACCGAAAACGAUGAACGCAUAAACAGAAAUUUACAAUUGACAAUUACCCUAAACGUCAAAUCAAAGAGCGCAAAACUGUGUGUAUUUUAUAGAUGUUUUUCGCUUAUACGUAUUAUAUACCGUUGACCCCGCCACGGGCAGAUGAUGCAGUGAAACAAAGUGCGCGCAAAUACACUCCAGACAAACUCGAAGAGGAAGAAAAAAAAACGUAUAUUUUGCGAGCCACAGGUUUAUUUAGCCCUCCCGUGAAUGUGGUAUCCAUUGUUUUCCGUACAUAAAACUGAUGAACUGCAACACUACUGACGAAAUAAAGGCAGGAAAUAAUGUUUUGAUAAGAAAUAUAUAUACUUGAAAAUCA